GUCUAAACCGCCCAGUUUUUUGCCGGUUUUUCACCGUUCUCGAAAUUUGUUGAAAACCGGCCGGUCUUCUUGCCGUUUUUCACCGGUCUAAAAAGAUUUUUGGGCCGGCCGGUCACCGGGCGGUCCGGUCCGGUCUGCUGUUUUGAACCGGCCGGCCCGGCCUCUUAUUUUUAGACCGGUUCCAACUCUGUCUUACACCAUCAAUCCAACUCAGUGACGAUGAAGAUAAUGGUCAGUUAAGUGAUAUUGAAAUAAUUGAUGGCUAUUCAACGUCGGCGUUAUCUGUUGACAAUGAUGAAGAUGAACAAAUGUUAAAUGAAUUAUUGUAUAAUGUUAAAUAUAAUAGUGAUAAUCGUCCCGUUCCUGAAUAUACUCAGUAUAGUGUUAGGGAAUUAUCGAUCGAAUUACUGAACUUUUUUCGAGCAUCCAGAUUACCUUAA